CCUCGCACCUGUUGCCCCGCGUCACCUGGUGCCGCCCCCGCCGCCCCCGCGGCCCCUCGCCGCCCCGGAAGCUCCCCGAGCACGCCCUCCACCACCAUGGCGCCAGCGGCGGCGGCGGACUUGUUCGGCUGGGUGGACUACUUGGUGCUGGCGCUGACGCUGGGCAUCUCGCUGCUCGUCGGGCUGUACUACGGCUGCUGCGGCUCCCGACAGAGCACCGAGGGGGAGUACCUGCUGGGCAACAAGGAGAUGAAGAUGACGCCCGUCGCCAUCUCCCUGAUCGCGGGGUACAUUUCUGGGAUAACCCUGCUUGGCACCCCGGGUGACAUCUACAGCUACGGCACACAAUACUACGCCAUCAUCCUGGGCAUCUUCUUCAUGUCCUUCGCCAUCAACUACCUGUUCCUGCCAGUCUUCACCGGGCUCGGCGUGAAAUCUUCGUACGAGUACCUCCAAGUGCGCUUCAGGCACCGGGCGGUCCGAACCGUCUCCUCCUUCAUCUUCGUUUUUGACGAGAUCAUUACCAUCCCAAUGUAUAUGUACGUGCCCUGCCUCGCGCUAGAGCAAGUGACGUCACUGCAUCGGAUGUGGACCGCGCCUGUCAUGAUGCUCAUCUGCAUCCUCUACACCGGCCUGGGCGGCCUCAAGGCCGUCAUCUGGACGGACGCCAUCCAGAUGUGCAUCUUCUGCCUGUCGCUGGUCAUCAUCUUCGUGAUGGGGACGGUGGCGGUCGGCGGUUUCGGCGCAGUCUUCACCGCCGCGGCCGAGGGCGGCCGCCUGGAGAUCUUCAACAUAAGCCCCGACCCGCUGCAGCGUACCACGCUGUGGGGGGCGGUCAUCGGCGGCUUCAUGUACUGGACGGGCUUCAACUCGGUGAACCAGACGUGCGUGCAGCGCUACCUCGCGGUGCCCAACCUCAAGACGGCCAGGCGCGCCGUGUGGGUGUUCUCCGCGGGCGUCGUCUGCAUCAUCUCCUUCUGCACCUACGUCGGCCUGCUCAUGUACGCCUACUUCCGGGACUGCGACCCCCUGGCCGCCGGGAUCGUGAGCACGAGCGACCAGCUGGUGGCGCACUUCGUGAUGAGGGUGGAGGGCCACCUGCCAGGCCUGCCCGGCCUGUUCAUGGCAGGCGUCGUCGCCGCCGCUCUCAGCUCCAUCUCUGUGUCGCUCAACUCGACGGCCGGCGUGGUGCUGGACGACUUCUGGCGCAGCUACACGUCCAAGAGGCUCAACGCCAACCAGGCCGCCGUCUUCGCCAAGGUCACGUGCGCCGUGUUCGGCUUCCUCUGCGUCGGCAUCAUGAUGGCCAUGCAGAACGUCGAGUACAUGAUCCAGGUGGCCAUGACGCUCACGGGCAUCGCGGCCGGCACCCAGUUCGGCCUCUUCUCCCUCGGCAUGUUCAACCCCUGGGCCAACUACAAGGGCGCCAUCGUGGGCACCGUCACCUCCCUCGUGGUGGUGACGUGGAUGUCCGUCGGCGCGCAGCUCAUGGCCAUGGACGGGCGCAUAAACAACCCGCGACUGCCCAGCAACGUGACUGGCUGCGUGCCCGCCGUCGAGCCCACCCCGCAGCCCACCACCGACCCCACCGUGCUGCCGCUGUACCGCGUGUCGUACCUGUGGACGGCGUCCAUCGGCUGGCUGCUCGUCAUGGUGCUGGGCUCGCUGGUGUCGCUGGUGACGGGCCCGGACCGCCCCGACGACCUGCGGCCCGGCGUCCUGUCCCCGCCCGUGGCCGCCUGGCUGCGGCGCCGGCAGCAGCGCCGCAAGGAGGUGCUGGGCGUCGCCGAGGAGCCCGUCGUCACCGGCUCCACCGUCACCCUGGCGCCGCGGCUCGAGGAGAAGGCCACCAGGUUCUAGGCCCGCCCGCACCACCCGCGCCGCCGGCAGCACCGCCCGGAGGGGCGCCAUGUGCGGGGGCGCCACUGUUUGCCUGGCCGGAGUGUGCUCGGGGGAAGCCCCUCCUGCCCGGCCAGGUGCGCGCCGGUGCCUCGACGGAGUCCCUGCGGCCGGACGGCGGACAGCGCCGGGGCUCCGAGUCACAAAUGAUCCCUCCACGUGUUUGGACAGUGGAACAGUGCACCCACGCGGGAGACUUAUUAAAAGAGCGUGUGGCGCGGCGUCGCGUCGCCGGACUUUGGACUCUGUGGCGCGCAGUGCCGUGCCGGGCCAUGCCGGGCGCGGCGAGGUGCUAAGUGUGGACUUGGCGCGCCGUAAGCCCAAAGCGGCCAAAGCGCCUUUGCCUGCUUUGCCGCGAGGGUGGCGAGGAUUGUGCGCGCGGAGUGGCGGGCGGCAGCCGGCGGCAGCGCAGACAGGAAAUGCCGCGCAUUUCGUUUCGUCGCUAUGUCUCUCUCGCACCCAACGGGACGCCCCGCGAGUGCGAGAGAGACAGAGCGGCGGAAGCACUGCCCGGAAUGAGCGUGCCGCCCGCGCAACUUGGACUCCACCGCGAUCGAUGUGUUUCCAAUCUGUUUUCCCUGUGCUGUGUUUGCUCUUUUCGACGGCAGGCGCCACGAGGCACGAGGCGUCAUCCAAAAUAAACCGACAUCCUCCAACAA